CAAAGCAUUUAUUUUGGUCGGAGCACAUGGCAGCGAGAGCUGGUCCCUGUGAGAAGGUCCGGCGAGCAGCCACAGGUGGAGACAGAGUUGACGCUUGCUAGCACCGGACUACAACAGCUCACUCUGCGCCAGUUGGUGCUUCUAACUUGGCGGAGGACUCGUCCUAAGUUUAUUUGUUGAAAACACUUGCUAGUUUUGUUUGUUUUUCUUCCUCUCUCGCAAAUAGUCCACAGGUGGAGACGCCAACGCGCACUGCCCUAAAACUUCUCUCGGUUCUCAAGACUCCAUUGAUCCAGCCUGAUCAAUGGCACUGACCGUGAACUUGAUUGGUCCAUCGCCCUGGGGCUUCAGAAUAGUUGGAGGAAGGGACUUCAAAAAGGCCAUAACUGUAUCUAAGGUCAACGGAGGCAGCAAAGCAGAGCAAGCAGCUCUCCAACCAGGUGACGUCAUCUUGGCAAUCAACGGGGAAAAUACUGCUGACAUGCUAAAUGCAGAGGCCCAGAACAAAAUCAAGAACUCCAAGACUCAUCUGCAGCUGAUGGUGGAGAGGCUUGAACUUUCCAGCCCUCGGCAGACAAAUGGGAUCAGCACCCCUGAACAGCUUACUGGGCGCUUUCAGGAAGCAGUAAUAGUAAGUCGAGAUGAGAACCAGAACUACAGAGAGUACAGCAUAUCCAGCCCUGCAUCGCUGUCACCUGUGCCGUAUUCACCACAACCUCCCAGCAGUCCUGAUGGCAAGAAGGAGAGGUUGACACCCAACACUAACAAGAGUGUCCAUCUGCGCUCAUGGUCGCCAGAGGAGAAGAGUCAUAGACUGUCCAGGCCACUUUCACAGGACUUCUCUCCGUCAGACUACAGAAAUAGUUCUUUGUCCAGCAGAACCCCGACCCCACCGGGACGCUACUCGCCUCAUAGUGCCAUUGAUCAGGACGUGCCCAUGUCUCCUCAUCGCAGUAGUUCAAGCUCUGAACCGGUCAUGCAGAAGUUUGACAAGGACUCCGAGGUGUACAAAAUGAUCCAGGAGAAUAAGGAGUCCCGCACAGCACCUCGUCAGUCCAACACCUUCAAAAUGCUGCAAGAAGUUCUGGAGGCCGACGAGAAAGAGGCAGCAUUGAAGUUCCCGGGAAAGUUAUCGCCCAAUGUUCCGAAACCAAGCGCACCUGUGGGAGGAGUCAGCAAAUACCACACCUGUGAGAAGUGUGGCACCAGCAUUGUCACGCAGGCCGUGCGCAUCGUGGACGACCGCUUCCGCCACCCCGAGUGCUACACGUGCACGGACUGCGGCCUGAACCUCCGCAUGAGGGGUCACUUCUGGGUGGGCGACGUGAUGUACUGCGAGAAGCACGCCAAGCAGCGGUACCAAGGUCCGGCCGGCUCGCCGCUGUCCCCUCGCCACUGAGCGGUCCAACGUCCGCCACAUCGGACCCUCUUACAGACAAUGGGAAGGGAUCAACAAUGUGGCAGAAUUUCCUUUUCUCAUCACAUUUAAGUGUUUGGCAAUACUGUAUUAGCCUUCACUUAAUGUUCUUUAAUGACAAUUUGGGGAGUUUUUCCAUGUGGCACAUCCCAGUCAUUGUUGAUUUAUUUCUAAAAAAAAAAAAACAAACAAAAAAAAAAAUAUAUAUAUAUAUACCUUCCAUGAGUCAGUCCAUAUCCGUCACAUGUACUGAGGCCACCUUUACAAACACAGCAAAACUUUAAACAUUUCUACGACUCUUUUGACUCUCCAGGAUCUGGAUAAUCAUUCAUAAAACAAUACUUUGAUAAUACAAAGGGACCAAAUUGGACCUGAACUGCACACCAUGUGCUGUGUGUGUUUGUGUGCACGUGAACGAGAGGGUGACAAAAAAACGUGCUACGUUGACUAUUGCAGACUCGAAUGAAUUAUUUUUUUAUUUUAUUUUUUUUUUGCGCUAGGCCAGCAACAUGUUCUAUAUCUCUUUGUAAACAGAAUUGAAUAAGAGGCAACAAAAUAUGUAGUUGCUGACUUUUGCUGUUGUUGCCAAUGAGGGAUUUUUUUUUUUUUUUCAAUAUACAAUGAUUUUGGAUGUUUGUGUGAUUGAACUGUAUUCUAUAAUAUAUAUAUAUAUAUAUAUAUAUACACACACACUAGUUACUAUGCAUAAGGUAUGCACAGGACAUUGAGUGUGGAAAAAAAUAAGUGAUAUUGUAUUUGCCAUGCAGUUGGAGCAGCACUCUGCAUGUGGCACUUAAUAAAUUGCACAACUUGAA